CCAUUGCCACAUAGUCUCCCCAGCCAGCUGGCUCCCACAUAUCUGCACACACUUACACACAAAGACUGGGAAGGGGCAGACACCAUCCGGGUACUCUCAGUCCUCCCUUCCCCUCCUCCCUCACCUCCAAGUCUCCCUCCCUGCAGUCCUCCCCCGCCUCCAGCUGAUCAUGGCAUCCGAAGCAGAGAAAACGUUCCAGCGGUUUGCUGUCUUCGGAGAUUCCUCAAGCAGUGGCACUGAAAUGAACAACAAGAACUUCUCCAAGCUAUGCAAAGACUGUGGCAUCAUGGAUGGCAAGAUAGUCACCUCCACUGAUGUGGACAUUGUAUUCAGCAAAGUCAAGGCCAAGAAUGCCCGAACCAUCACAUAUCAACAGUUCCAGGAAGCAGUUAAAGAGCUAGGCCAGAAACGAUUCAAAGACAAGAAGCCGGAUGAAGCUCUGGAGAACAUUUAUAAACUCAUGGAAGGCAAGGAUCCAGCUACCACUGGUGUUACUAAAGCAACGACAGUGGGUGGGGUGAGCCGGCUGACGGACACCAGCAAGUACACCGGCACCCACAAGGAGCGCUUUGACGAGAGUGGCAAAGGCAAAGGCAUCGCAGGACGGGAAGAGACAACUGACAACUCAGGCUAUGUGAGUGGCUACAAGGGUGCUGGCACCUAUGAUAAGAAGAGCAGCAAAUAAGAAGUGGCCUCAACAACUAGGGUCAGUUAGUCCUCGAUCCAGCAUCUUACAUACCAGGGAGCAUAGCGAACAAUAAACAUCUGUGUGUGCAGCA